AUGGAACUGAAGUGCGACCCAGAUUGGCAACAUGCUACCUUUGCCCUCUAUCGAUACACUCCCUCUGUUGCUGCAGCUGCGAUUUUCUGUGUCCUAUUCUUUGUAUCUACAGUGAUACACUUCAUCCAAAUGUGGAAAACGAGGAGCUGGUAUCUUACUCCACUGGUGAUAGGGUGUUUCUGUACGCUUUUUGAAUUCGUUGGAUUCGCCGCCAGAGCCGCGUCCGGGGCUGAAAAGGCUGGCUGCUGGACGCUGGGUCCUUACAUCACGCAGAGCAUGUUCAUCCUUCUGGCGCCGGCACUAUUCGCGGCGUCUAUUUACAUGAUACUUGGACGAAUCAUUCUUCUGGUCGACGGACACGAUCAUUCCAUAAUCAAGCCACGAUGGUUGACGAAAAUCUUUGUCAUUGGAGAUGUCGUCUGCUUCCUACUUCUCUCUGGGGGCAGCGGCAUUCUGGCUACGGGUAGCAGUAGUCCAUCAUCGGCUGACACCGGCAACAAUAUCAUUAUCGGAGGUCUGGUGCUACAGCUGAUCUGGUUUGGCAUUUUCGUCAUCGUUGCAGCCGUCUUCCAUUUUCGCAUGCGAUCAGUCCCAACCGUUCGCUCACAACAACCGGAGUGUCGCUGGCAAGUCUACCUCCAGACGCUUUACGUCGCGAGCUGCCUUGUUAUAAUUCGAAAUCUGUUUCGUGUUAUAGAGUAUGCUCAGGGAAACGACGGAUAUUUAUUGCAAAACGAGGCCUUUAUCUAUGUCUUUGAUGCCCUGCCAAUGCUCGUCGUUGUUGCUUGGCUUCAUUGGAGACACCCUGGCGAAAUUGGCUUACUGUUGCGUGGCGAGAAGGCUUUCAAGAAUGGCUUCCAGCUGAUCCAUGUUAGAGGCCAGAAUUGGUGA